CCCCUCAUUUCAUCACCUACACGCUACGGCUUGAAGUUAAAGCCCUUGGAAUUUCUCAUCGCUCAGAACUCCAAGCUCUUCUUCAAAAUUAAUCAUGGCCGAUGAAGGAACAGCCAACUGCAUCGACAUCAUCUUGGCCAUCAUUCUUCCUCCUCUUGGAGUAUUUCUCAAGUUCGGAUGCGGGGUCGAGUUUUGGAUAUGCUUAGUGCUGACCCUCUUUGGGUACAUCCCGGGAAUCAUCUACGCUGUUUACGCCAUCACCAAAUAAGUUUCCUAUGCUGCAGGGUCUUCUCUGUUGAUGUAACUGCUGUGUCGCUGCCUUUGUGAAACUGUUGAUGUUUGAUGGGUUCAGCUUAUUUUUUCUGUAUAUGAUCUUUUCAUGCUAUUGCUGUCUCAGUAAUUAUCAUUUUGUUUAGUUUGGUUUCAGUUCGUGGGUUUGUGAUGCUACUUGUAUUACUUUGUUCCUAGCAUUCAUGCUAAUGUAACUUAUUCUUGCUCUUUUAUAUUUUGAAUCGUUUUCUCUUUGUCA